GCAUGUCCCUGCGUGUUCUCGUGGAGGUCGCGUGCUCCUCCUUCAGUGGAUCCCGAAGCAGCGCGAGCUCGCCACGGACUCGUUGCGCUCCCGAUCGGAUCGAUUGGCACUGAUCGAUGGGUCGUUGAGGCUCGCGCUCCCCCCCCCCCCCCCGGAUUAGCUGAUCGCGUGGGUUUUUGAGUGUGUCGCGCGCCGCCAUGGGCUUCUACGGCACCUUGAAGCUCAUCUUCUACAAAGUGAAGAGGAAGUUGGACCCCGGUCCAGACGGCCGUCCCUUCCCUUCGGGGAAGAAGCGCUGCAAAGCCACCGGAUGCCUCAGUCCCGGCACUUUGGUUCAGGCCACAGCGCCGACCGCCUUGGGCGACCUGCGGCUGGCCGACGGGCCCCCGGCGCGGCGGCACGUCUCCUCGGGGCCGCCGCCCUCCGGCCUGCAGGACUGGCUCCUCACCUUCCAGACGUGGAGCGGCCCGGAGAGGCUGCUGGCGCUGGACGAGCUCCUCGACAGGUGUGAGAGCGGCCAGGUGAAGCACGUGAUGCAGGUCAUCGAGCCGCAGUUCCAGAGGGACUUCAUCUCCCUGCUGCCCAAGGAGCUGGCCCUCUACGUGCUGACCUUCCUGCCUCCCAGAGACCUGCUGCAGGCCGCUCAGACCUGCCGCUACUGGAGGAACCUGGCUGAGGACAACCUGCUGUGGAGGGAGAAGUGCCGCGAGGAAGGUGUGUCAGAUUACGCGUCGAGUCGCCGCAGGAGGCGUCCGGCCGCGGCGGCCAGCCAGUGGAAGUCCGCCUACAUCCGGCAGCAGCGCGUGGAGAACAACUGGAGGAAGGGCGACGUGGGGGAUCCGACGGUGCUGAAAGGUCACGACGAACACGUGAUCACGUGCCUGCAGUUCAGCGGCGACCUCAUCGUCAGCGGCUCCGACGACAACUCGCUCAAAGUCUGGUCCGCCCUCAGCGGAAAGUGCCUGCGGACGCUGGCGGGUCACAGCGGCGGCGUGUGGUGCAGUCAGAUGGCGGUCGCCACGGUGAUCAGCGGCUCCACCGACCGGACGCUGCGCGUGUGGGACGCCGAGAGCGGCGAGUGUGUGCACACGCUGUACGGACACACGUCCACCGUGCGCUGCAUGCAUCUCCACGGCAACCGGGUGGUAUCAGGCUCCCGGGACACGACGCUGCGCGUGUGGGACGUGACGACGGGGCGCUGCGAGCACGUCCUGACGGGCCACGUGGCGGCGGUGCGCUGCGUGCAGUACGACGGGCGCCGCGUGGUGUCGGGGGGGUACGACUACAACGUGAAGGUGUGGGACCCCGAGACGGAGGCCUGUCUGCACACACUGCAGGGACACACCAACCGGGUGUACUCGCUGCAGUUCGACGGUGCGUUCGUGGUCAGUGGGUCGUUGGACACUUCCAUCAGAGUCUGGGACGCAGAGACGGGGGGGUGCGUCCACACGCUGACGGGACACCAGUCGCUGACCAGCGGCAUGGAGCUGAGGGACAACGUCCUCGUGUCCGGGAACGCCGACUCCACCGUCCGGGUGUGGGACGUCCGGACGGGACAGUGCCUCCACACGCUGCAGGGUCCCAACAAGCACCAGUCGGCCGUCACGUGUCUGCAGUUCUGCAGAGGUCUGGUUCUGUCCAGCUCCGACGACGGGACGGUGAAGCUGUGGGACCUGAGGACGGGGGCCUGGCUGAGGGACGUGGUGGCCCUGGAGAGCCGCGGAUCAGGUGGCGUGGUGUGGCGAAUCAGAGCGUCCGACACGCGGCUCGUCUGCGCCGCCGGCAGCAGGAACGGGACGGAGGAAACCAAGCUGCUGGUCCUGGACUUCGACCCGGAGGAGGGGCAGUGAGGACGACAACAACAACAACAACAACGGCGACAACCGACCGUCGAGAAAGAGAUAGAAAAUGUUUUCUUUGAUGGAUCGAAAUCUUUUUUUUUUUUUUUUUAUCGCCAAACCGAAACCAAAAGAAGCGAAUGCGGAGCUGCUUCUCAAAGGUCGCCGUGGGGUCGUGGGGCGUCUCGGGGGCCGGACGCUGGCCGGUGACACCUGAAGGGAGAACGGGUACGACGAAGCUAAAGCUUUUCAAAGUAAAAUAAAACCGUUGAUGUAAAGAGGAGGAUUUCUUCCUCUUGAAAGCCAUUACACGUUAAAUCAUUUAAGUCAAGGAGCUUCAAACCUUGAGUCAUUAGUCCUUUGAUGAUUAGCAGUUUGCUGCAGAAACGUUUUUAUAGAUUUCACUAUUUAUUAUAAAACUUAAAUCUGCCCUUCAGGGAUUUCUCUCAUUUAGCAGGAAAACCAAUAUUCUAUAUAUUAUAUAGAUGUUACAUAUGAAUGUGAUACGAAUAUAUAUAUAUAAUUUUAUACACAAGCAAACAGAGUUGAUAUCUGAAAUAUCCCCAAAUUGAACAUUUAACUAUAAAUGAAACUGUGUUUGACCCUUCUGGGCUUCCGUAGUUCUUCGUGUGACUUUUUUAAAAACCUAAAUGAAAAGAUUCUCAGCAUGUGAAAUAUCUGAAAAUACGUUUGACUUAAAAACGACUCCCCUCGCCGGGUGUCGAUCCGAGGUACAAGCUGCCGUUGCUAGGCAACAGCCGCAUCGAGUAAGCAGGAGACUGGAGAUGCGUCUCCGUGGCAACAGGCGGUGAGGCCGACCCUUCUGCGGCUGUGAGGACACGUGUAAAAUAUUGUAAAUACAACAGAGGAUGUAAAUAUUCAGCUUUUUAUGAGGAUCGAUCAGAGGAAACAUUGUAAAGAAGAAAGAUGAGAUGAAUAAAGACGAGUUUACAAAAACAGUCCAUGUGUCUGAAGGUCUCUCGUUUUUACUGAGACAACAUUUCAAAUGGAAUAUUUA